AUGGUGCGCAAACUCAAGUAUCACGAGCAAAAGCUCCUCCGCAAGACCGACUUCAUCACCUACAAGCAAGACAACAACCACCGCGACAAGGCCGUCGUGCGGCGCUACAUGAUCCAGAAGCCCGAGGACUACCACAAGUACAACCGCAUCUGCGGGUCGCUGCGACAGCUAGCCAACCGCCUGUCCCUGCUGCCGCCGGAAAGCGCAACGCGCCGCAAGCACGAGGAGCUGCUGCUCAACAAGCUCUACGACAUGGGCGUGCUGUCGACCAAGUCGAAGCUGUCGGCCGUCGAGCACGGCGUCACCGUCAGCGCCUUUGCGCGGCGCCGGCUGCCCGUGGUCAUGACGCGGCUCAAGAUGGCCGAGACGGUGCAGGCGGCCACCAAGAUGAUUGAGCAGGGCCAGGUGCGCGUCGGCAUCGAGACCGUCACCGACCCGGCCUACCUGGUGACGCGCUCGACCGAGGACUUUGUGACGUGGGUGGUGGGCAGCAAGAUCAAGCGCAACAUUAUGAAGUAUCGCGACCAGCUCGACGACUUUGAACUGCUGUAA